AUGCCACACGCAACACUGCCUUCGCCAGGCUUACAGGCACUCAUCCUCUGUGGCCCCGGUUCUUCACUCAGCACCUUCACCUCCAAUCCCGCCGACUUUCCCAAGGCUAUCGUUCCAAUUGCGAACCGGCCCAUGGUCUGGUAUCCCUUGGAUUGGUGUUAUCGCAUGGGAGUUUCUGAUAUCACACUCGUCACCCCGCCGGAAUCUCUAUCCGCUUUGGAAUCCGCGCUCGCAACCAAUCCCGCCCUAACAAGCCUACCAUCUCCAAAGCCUCUAGUUCUCGCACCCGCGGAACUGACCCAGACAACCGGCACUGCCCAACUCCUGCGCCUACCAGAGGUGCAAAAGAUCAUCACCUCGGACUUUGUCGUUCUUCCCUGCGACCUGAUCUCCGAAUUGGACGGAACGCACUUACUGCAGCAAUGGAUGACGCUGAACCCGCUGUGGGCCUCGUCCGCCGCACAAAAUCAAUUCAAGGGUGGUCUUACCCUUUUCUACCCUACGCACGGCCUCGAAAAUAUCAGCCACAAAAAGGACGAAACCGACUUCCUUGCCACCGUCCCUCUCCCCACUUCACACGUCCCUUCACCAUCGACCUCUUUACGCCCGAAUAUCGAGCGGGUGGUUCAGGUCAUGCCGACGGACACGCUGCACGACUUGAUCUCGGAAAAGCCGGAGCCAGGCUACCUCCGCCUACGACAAUCAAUGCUCGCCAAGCACGGGCGGGUGAAGAUGCGGAUGAAGCUUCGCGAUGCCCACGUUUACGUGCUGCCUAGGUGGGUGAAGGAGUUUGCCGCGCGGAACGACAGGUUCGACAGCAUCUCCGAAGACGUUCUGGGCUGGUGGGCCAAAGCGGAUUGGCAGGAAGGCUUGGCGGAGAAGCUGCAGCUGACUGACAUCCUCCGCGGGACCACCGAAGUGCCAAACGACGACGAAGAGGAUGACCAAGUGGACGUGGCAGCCAUGUCGAGCACAAAGGCCGCUCGCUCACCAGUCCAGCACCUGGGCUCGGAGACCGCCUUCGCCAGCCGAGUGGGCACAUCGACUACUCUAUCCACCAAAAAGCCCGUCGUGAUCCCACCCCUCCUCGCCUACGUCCAACCCGCACCCUCCACCCCCCUAAUCCGCCGCGUAGACACCACCCACCAACUCCUCAACGUCUCCCUCCACCUAGCCAAACAACCCAUCACCCCCGCCUCCGCCCUCUCGCACGAACACAAAAUCCACCCGACCGCCACGCUCGAACAGCAAAGCCGCGUCUCCGCCGAAGACAGCCUGGUAGGCGAGAACGUGCGCAUCGGCUUCCGGAGCAACAUCAAGGAGAGCGUCAUCGGCGCGAAUUGCAAUGUUGGCAAGAAUGUGCGUCUUACGCGGUGCUUGUUGAUGGAAGGGUGUGUGGUUGGUGAUGGCGUGCAGUUGGUUGGGUGUGUGUUGGGAAGACGGGCGGUGGUGGUUGGACAGAAGGCGCUGGCUGGCGAGGGGAGUGUUGCUGUGGGAGAGGGAAGUACGCAGGGCGAGAGUGCGACGAAGUCGAGGAAGAAAGGGAAGGGUGCGGCUGGGGAUGGGGACGACGAUGACAAGACGAGGUUGACGGAUUGUGAGGUUGCGCCGAAUUUUGUCGUCGAAGCUGGUACCGAGGCGAAGGGGGAGAAGUUCAUGGGCUUCGAUACGGGAGAUAUGGGGUUGGAUGAUGACGAGGACCUGGAAGACGGCGACUUGGAUGAUGAGGUCUAG